AUGUCGACCGCUACCCAUCUAUCUUACCCAUCUCACGGACAGCCCACGGCUCAUCGAUCUCACAUGAUGCAGUCGCCUACGCAGCGCUCUCCUGCGCCUCAGAGCUACAACUUGGGACGGCGUGAACGGCCAAUCAUCCAAAGACCUGCUUCACGAAGGCCAAAUGCAAAUGCCUCAACCAGGUACAAUACCACCGCUGGCAGCCGCCAAGCAUUGAAUAAGCUACCUCCCAUGAGGAGGAAAAAGGAAGAGCCCUGGGCCAAUUGGCCACAAGUUCAAGUCAUAUUGAGUGGCCUUCGACCGAAUGAAACGACGUGGAAUAUCCAUCGGAACUUUUCGAAAUAUGGCAACAUCGUCUUCAUUGAUAUUUUUGAGCUAUCCGAGGGACUACGUAACGGCAGAGGAAAGAUCAAGUUCUCGACUGGCGUGGAAUGCUUUUGGCAAUCUAAGACGUACCAGAUGAUAGCCGUUGACGACUCAUCUUACAAUGUUAGAGUUGAUCUCGUCAACGAGCGAGGCAGGGAUUUCAUGAUGACAAGCCCAGUCAAGCAUCAUAUUCGAUACCCCCAGGUAAUGCCUCUUCUGCCUACCAAGAUGCGCUUUGGAGUUAUGGUAAAACCCGAUAUUAUGAUGUCUCAACAUACUAUAUAUCGAACAAGGUGUCUCAAAGAUUUGAAGUUUAGCGUCGACGCAUUUCGCAAGAAGCUGACGGUGGAAUUUGUUGUGAAGAAUUUGGACCCUCGACAUGGGCCAGGAUCUACUUUCGUCGGCACACAUCCAGUAGGAGAGUUGGAUCGUAUAAAUAAAUACAUGUUUCAAAUUCCCUUCGAUCAACUCAAAGUCAUCCACGAAGUACCGGCAAAGGGCAACACAUUCCAGCUUGCGAUAUCCCUCAGCUCCCCACCUCAAUUCAACCGCAAGCGAGAAGAAGAUCCCCAAUGUCAUUCUUCUGACGCUUUACAAUGGUCUGACUUCGAUGAUGGAUGGUACCGCCAGACUGAUAUUGUCUACGAUCCUUAUCUACUUGGGUCAGCUCCCAUUGCUCUUCAAAAAGAUCGCCCAGUCAUCGAUAUUGGACGAUGGACAUCUUACGUUUUCGACUUUACAACGGAUCUAAAGCAUACAACUCUAUACAGCAACAUGAAACAAGCCUUGGAGGAUCACAAUGUGGAUAUUGUUCCUCUCAACGAACUGAAUAUAAUUUCGGGAAGGCCUGCUAGCCUAUGGACAAUGAUCAACCCUCCGCAAUUCGGUCAAUCCGCUGCUGAUCAUCUCGCAGAAGACUCGUCAAUAAUCUCCUUGCCUUUCGAGGUUCGCUACCAGUUGGAAGUGUGCAUAUCCCGAGAACUCUUGAACGAGUACAAUCUCGACCGAGAGUUUAUUGAGAAGCUGGCUGAGCUCGCCAAGAGUGACGCGUCGACAGCGAGAAACAUCUUGGAAUAUGUCGCUGAGAACGACAAGCGCAUCUAUGAACCACUUCACCUGUUUAACAGCCCUGAGGCCUUAGCAUUUUCUGUAAAGACCGACAUUCCGCACUAUUGUGCAUAUUCGCGCAAAGCAACUAUCACGCCAAGCACUAUCCUGUUCAGCUCCCCGACUGUCGAGACCACCAAUCGCGUACUUAGACACUACUCCAGGGAAAACCAUGAUGGUCGGUUCCUCAGAGUCCAAUUUACCGAUGAGUCUUUCGAGGGUAAAAUAAACUCAUGUGUCAAGCAACGAAAUGACGAGAUCUUCACUCGAGUCUACCGGACGUUGGCCAAUGGCAUACGCAUAGGUGAUCGACAUUACAAGUUCCUGGCUUUCGGAAAUUCACAAUUUCGAGAAAAUGGCGCCUAUUUCUUCUGCGAGGAUGAACAUCUGACCUGUAAUGACAUUCGCGACUGGAUGGGAAAUUUCACUCAUAUCAACGUUCCAGCGAAAUAUGCAGCGAGAUUGGGCCAAUGCUUCUCUACUACUCGUGCUAUCAACGGAUUGUCAGCGCCUACAAUAGUGACGAUCCCGGAUAUUGAGCAUGGAAAGUAUACUUAUAGCGACGGUGUGGGUAAAAUUUCACCAUUUUUAGCCCAAAUGAUCACCGCCGAGCUCGGGUUGCACGUAGCACAUGAGCCAAGCGCUUUCCAAUUUCGCCUGGGUGGCUGCAAAGGUAUUCUUGUUACGUGGCCCGAUGCUAAAGAUCGAGAAGUCCAUAUCCGUAAGAGUCAGCAAAAGUUUACAGCUGUGUAUAACGGCCUCGAGAUUAUUAGGUGCUCACAAUACUCCUGUGCUACCUUAAAUCGGCAAACCAUCACGCUUCUCUCUAAUCUGGGAGUGGGUGAUGGCGUCUUCCUGAAGAUGAUGAAAGAGCAACUUAGCGGCUAUCAGAAUGCCAUGGAGAAUGACAACCUAGCAAUCGAGCUCCUCUGCAGAUUCAUCGACGAUAAUCGUAUGACGAUAAACAUCGCGAAGAUGAUUAGUAGCGACAUUAAAGAUCCGUUCGUCUCUUCAUUAUUGCACCUUUGGAGGUCCUGGUCGAUCAAGCUUCUGAAGGAAAAAGCUAAGAUUGUCGUGGAGAAGGGCGCAUUUGUAUUUGGCUGUGUCGACGAGACACACACGCUGCGUGGAUACAAAGCACCGAGUACAGAGGGCGAUGCGAUUCCCGAGGAGCAACUACCCCAGAUAUUCAUCCAAGUCCCUGUCCACGGAUGUGACCCCAAAAACCCUGUAUACAAUGUCAUCGAGGGUAUUUGCCUAGUUGGCAGGAAUCCCUCGCUACAUCCCGGGGAUCUUAGAAUCUGCCAGGCCAUUGACGUUCCAGCUUUACACCACUUACGCGAUGUUGUGGUUUUCCCUUCCUGUGGAGAUCGAGAUGUACCUAGUAUGUGCUCUGGCGGUGACCUUGAUGGCGAUGAUUACUUUGUCAUAUGGGACAAGGAUUUACAACCACACGAGUGGAACUGCUCUCCAAUGGAUUACGACGCACCUCCAGCAAAAUCACAACGGAAUCCAGUUGCGGUAAAAGAUCUUAUGCAACAUUUUGUCAGAUACAUGAAGAACGAUUCUCUUCCGCAGAUCGCCCAUGCACAUCUAGCUCAAGCUGAUCAGCUUCCUGGUGGUGCCAAAAAUCCAAAGUGUAUUCAGCUCGCACAUCUCCAUUCAAAGGCAGUGGACUAUGUAAAAUCAGGCCACGCGGCCGAGAUGCCAAAGGACCUGCAGCCACGGCGUUGGCCACACUUCAUGGAAAAGAGACACAAGAGAAAGGAUCAACUUUAUGAGUCGACUACUAUUCUUGGUCAGCUGUAUAACCAGGUGGAACGUAUCAAUUUUUUACCUCAGUGGAAAGUUCCUUUCGACCGACGUAUCCUAACUGCUUAUAAAUUUGAGGAUGCAGCUUUGAAAAAGGCCCGCCAAUUAAAAUCCAAAUACGAUGUUCACAUGCGAAGAAUCAUGGCUCAGCAAGAAAUCAAAACGGAAUUCGAGGUGUGGUCUACAUUUGUGCUCUCAAAGCCACGCGUGGGAUCGGACUACAAGCUAGGGGAAGAAAUGGGACGCAUAUCCGAAGGUCUAAAAGAACAAUUUCGAGCACUCGUGAUCGAAUAUGCUGGGAAAGAAUUCUCCACUCUUGGUCCCUUUGUCGCGGGAAUGUAUAAGGUCACCAAAGAGGAACUGGAUUGUGCUCUUGCUGAGUGCGCAUCUACGAAGCUAGUAGGAGGAAGAGACGUGCCAGCCAGAAAGAUGGAGUCAGAAACCAUGCCUUUAAUAUCAUUUCCUUGGCUUUUCGAGAAUGUUCUUACCCGUAUCGCAACAGGGAAGGACGACGAGGAGAACCAAGUCGACCUUUCUGAGCAAUUUGUCUCAAAGGUUGACAAAGCGCGAAACCGCAUGCCAGUCGCCGACGAUGUCAUUCGACAAGAAAAUGGUUUGGUCGUACACCGUGGUGAGGUUCUCGAUCUUUUCAGACCGGAGGUGUUGAUCGAUGACCAUUCUGACGACGGCGAACAUGACGAGGCCAGCGAACAGCUGGGCGAUCUCGACAACGAUGACAUGGACUUAAACUCUGGCAGUGGCAAGGGCUCUCCAGCUCCGAGAUCGUCCUACUCCGAGUCUGGUUCCGACAGCUUUAUUGCCCAGCCUCAUAUUGAUGGUUUUACGACGAAGCCACAUUCGAAAGCAGUCCAAACUACGUUGCCUGACGAGACUUCUACAUCGAUCCAAAAGACUGAAGUCACCCCUUCCUCUCUUACUCCUUCUGGCAGUCUCAUCGAUCUUGACGAGGGAGAACCAGGCUAUGUCUCUCCCGAGAAAGCAUCCUCACCUGCAUUAAGAUGUACUUCACCAUCUAGAAGCUUGCUCGAUUCGGAUAACGAGGAAGAAAUUCUUGAGGAAGAGACCUUCGAAGAAGAAAUCGUCAGCCUUGACAUUGAGGAAACUCCUAUUGACAAAUUAGCGAAGAUGAUGGCUACCACUCUCUAA